CCUAAAGGGAUUAAAAUGGUUAAAGCUAAAAUAUUUAUUCUGGCAAAACAUUUCGAUGGUUACCCUAAAGAGACCGAUUUGAAGCUGAUAGAGGAGGAAUUGCCACCAAUUAAAAAUGGAGAAUUCCUUACCGAGGCUGUUUAUUUGAGUGUUGAUCCCUAUAUGAGAGCAUAUGAACCUGGUCUACCGUUGGGAGAACCAUUUAUAGGAUCCCAAGUGGCCAAAGUAAUUGAAAGUAAACAUCCCAAAUAUCCAGUUGGAACUUAUGUAAUUGGACAGUUCGGAUGGAGGACGCAUACAAUAGCAUCAGGAGAUAUUUUGGGAAUAGUCGGUAGAGGAAGAGCGCCACAAUUGGUGGUAAAACAAGCAUUAGAUUUGCCACUUUCCGUUGCUCUAGGAGCAGCUGGUAUGGUUGGAAAUUCGGCAUAUUUUGGAUUCCUCGAAAUCUGCAAACCCAAAGCGGGAGAAACCGUGGUUGUGUCCGGAGCGGCGGGUGGUGUAGGUAGUCAGGUAGGCCAAAUUGCGAAAAUUAAAGGCUGCAAAGUCAUCGGAAUCGCCGGUUCCGACGAGAAAGGUAAAUGGUUGGUUGAAGAAUUAGGAUUCGAUCAUUUUAUUAACUACAAAACCGAAAACGUGGAUGAGGCUUUGAAGCAGCACGCUCCCGAAGGAAUUGACUGUUACUUUGACAACGUUGGUGGAGCAAUAAGCAGCAGCGUUAUUUAUCAAAUGAACAAAUUUGGAAGAGUCUCAGUUUGUGGAGCUAUAUCUGGUUAUAAUGAAAAAGUUAGAGCAAAAUCCAUAUAUAAACAACUCGUUAGUAAAGAACUAUUAAUGGAAGGAUUUUUGGUAACGAAAUGGGGGGAUAGAUGGAAUGAAGGUGUAAUUCAAAAUGUAAAAUGGAUUAAAGAAGGAAAAUUGAAAUAUCGCGAGCAGGUCACAGUAGGAUUUGAAAAUACCUUUAAAGCUUUCCUAGAUAUGCUGAAAGGCGUAAAUACCGGAAAAUCCGUUGUAAAAGUUUAAAAACAAACAUCGUGGUUAUAAACAUUUAACAAAAAGAACUGUACUGUUUACUUGCCUCUAAAUCUUCGUAACUUUCAAAAUAAUUAUUAGUUUCC